CAUACUACAUCUGACCUAGCCUCCUUCAAGAAACUGACCCAGCUUCCAUCAAGUUGCUGACCACGGCAUUAACUGACUAAUCACUGCUACUAAUGGAUUCAGAUAGUCAGUCCAGCAGAUCCUCCUCUCCAGAGCUGGAGAGAAAAGAUAUCCUCAAAAUGAAGCCUGAACAAAUGUUCCAAAAACUGUGCCAGGAACAAAGAAUGCUAUCUCGAGAUAAAAGAUCCAGCAGGAGAAGAGAUAGUCAAGAAGACCUGCAUGAGGUUCGCUUAAAGGUGAAUAGUCGUGAACGUCAACGAAUGCACGAUCUUAACCAAGCGAUGGAUAGCCUCCGGGAAGUCAUGCCCUACUCUCAUGGACCAUCAGUACGUAAGCUGUCUAAGAUUUCAACCCUGCUGCUUGCUCGCAAUUAUAUCCUUAUGUUAUCCAACUCUCUGGAGGAGAUGAAGAAACUUGUGAGCGAAGUAUAUGGUGCCCACCAUCUUUCCGGCUGUGCAAGUUCUUUGCAUCCCCAGCAUGUGACUCCUCUACCCCAUGUCUUACCCUCUGUGUCAUCCCCUGAUGUUAGAAGCUUCAUGGGAUUAAUGCCCCCAGAUGCACAUCACAACACUGUUUAUCACCAAUUUUCAGGACUGAUUUGCCACUGUGCCAUGUGUCAGCAAUUCCCACACCAACUGUCAAGGACUGCUUCUGCCCUGCCAGCCUCAAGACCUGGCAAAUAAUGAGACAUUUAUAUAUUUGUAUGUAUAUAAUUUAAAUCAUAUCUGCUCUCAUUCCUGGUGUGGA